AUGGCAGCUCCACCAUCCGCGUAUAAAGAUCGCCACUUUCUAGCUGUCAUAGGUGAUGAGGAUUCCGUGACAGGUCUGCUGCUUGCUGGUAUUGGUCAUGUCACUCCACCUCCAGACGCCCAGAAAAACUUUCUCGUCGUAGAUGCCAAAACAGAAAACUCAACUAUAGAGCAAGCCUUCGACAACUUUACACAGAAGCGAAAGGAUAUCGCGAUAGUACUCAUCAAUCAACAUAUUGCAGAGAAGAUAAGGGGUCGGGUCGAUACUUACACAGAAGCUUUUCCCGCAGUAUUGGAGAUACCGAGCAAAGACCAUCCCUACGAUCCAGAGAAGGAUAGCGUCUUGAAAAGGGUGAGGAGGUUGUUCGGAGAGUGA